AUGAAAAGCUAUUUCAAGCAUCUCUUGCCACCUUUAGUCCCACCAACGGGGUCAAAACCCCGAUCCCAGUCCCCAUCCAGGUCUCGAUCUCACAUUUCAUCCGAGAAAACACCCGAGAUUAAGUCAAAGCCGAAAUCUCGAAUGGAGCCUCAAUCUUCAGGCCACAAGGGCAGAGCGUCUUCAUCACGCCCACGUACCUCACGGUCAAAACUCACCUCAGGUGGUUCUUCUAGUUCCAACUCGAUUUUAACGUCUGACGAACUCACGGCUCAGAGACUUCAAGCUGAAUGGGACCGUGAGGAUGAUCUUCUUCAAUUACAGCUACGAUUUGCACGCAAUCUGGAGACCCGAAGCCCUUCGCCAUCUCAGUUUGAACUAGAUAGACUAGAAGCGCAAAGAUUGCAGGCUCAAAUUGAAGAAGAGCAAGCUGCUUCUGACGCAAGAAGGGCCGCACGCCUUGAGAGGGAAACGGAGGAAGCUAUCAGAAUUGCCACCGAGUGGGAGAAUGAGGAUAGUCGCGCUGCCGCUUUACAACGUGAAUGGGAAGAGCAAGAAAGAAGACUUGGUGAGCAAGAGGAUCUUGCGAGGAUCUUGCUUCGAAGGGAUGAAGAAAGGGCCGCUUCGCUUCAAAGGGACUUAGCUGCAGCGCAGGCCGCUCAAGCUCAAUGGGAACAAGAAGUCCAUCAACAAGAGGAGCAGACCAGAAGAGUCUCAGAGGAUGAGGAGAAAAGGGAAAGACAGGCAAGGAAAAGAAGAGAGGCAAGAGAAGUUGUUGAGGCAGAGCGGAAGGCCGAAUUGGAGAAAGAGAGGGCAGCUCGCAAGGAGGCCGAAAAGAAAGUGAGGCUUGAGACAGAGCGAUUGCAACGACAACAAGUUGAGAAGACGGCUAAAUUGGACCGAGAGGACCGAGCAAAUGAGGAGGCCACAAAGAAAAUCCAAUUAGAAGCCCAGAAGAAAGAAAAGCUGCGCGUUGCCGAUGCUAAGAAAGCGCGUGAGUUAGCUGACAAGGAAAAACAGCGGGUCGCAGAUGCAAAAAAGGCACGUGAGCUAGCUGAGAAGGAGAAGAAGGCAAGACAGGCAGACUGUGUGUCAUGCAUGGAGACGGGAGAAAAGGUCAAGAUGUGUGUACUGUCCUGCAAACACGCUUAUUGUGGAGAAUGUAUCGCGGGUGCCUUCCAAUCUGCUCUUUCAUCCAAGACACGAUUCAAGUGCUGCAAGGUGAAUGUGGUAACCAACCUCGCUUCUCGCUGGCUCGAUGCACCUUUCAUCAGCUCCUACAAGAUGAUGGUUCUCGAGCAAAAUACCAAGGAUCCUCGCUACUGCUCCAGCAAAGAAUGUGCUAAAUUCAUUCCACCCGCCAACAUACACGGAACCAUUGCAAUCUGCCAAGCAUGCAAGCAUCGUACAUGCGCACCUUGCGGUAAUGGAGAGCAUUCUGGAGUUUGUAAAGAGGAUAAAGAGGGUCUAGCAGUACAGGCUUUGGCGGAGAAGGAGGGCUGGAGAAAUUGUCCUAGGUGUAAAUUCGUGAUUGAAAAGAAUGAGGGUUGCCUGCACAUGACUUGCAAAUGUCUGUUUGAGUGGUGUUGGGAAUGUAAGAGAGAGUGGAAUGAGUGUAAGAGCACUUGCAAGAGAGAAUAA